AUGUCCGCCUUCUCCACCAUCUCAUCCGUCACAAGCAUAACACGGACAAGCAUCCACACCAACAACGACACCAUCAACCUCGCCAGAAUCUGCGACGACCUCAACUGCAUCUACCCCUACGGACCAGCCUGCAAAUUAUGUUCUCUUGCAGUCGACAUAAAAGAAGAUGCAGUGAAACAGCGACCUCACCCAACAUACACAGUCGCAGCUUGGGUCGACGAGGUCAAAGUCAAUCGAGACAUUACGCUUUUUGCUGGUGAGAAGUUCACGGGUGGUGCAGAUGAUGAUGAUAGCGAUAUCACGCUUAUUGAGAGACAGGCUGCGGCUGAGGAUGAUUAUGUGGAUGAAGGUGAUGCUGUGGAUGAUCUUGGCGAGUUUGAUGAGUGGGAGUAUAAGGCCGAGGAGGAGGAAGAGGAAGAGGAGGCCGAGGAGGCUGAGCUUGAUGACGGGGAGUCAGAUACAACGCAGGUUCCAACGUAUGUCCGCUCUCCUACGUAUAACAAUAUCCUUGGUCGCGCAUCUUGUUCACGAACAGCUUUCAAUCCAUCCACCGCCGUCCAUGAACGACAUCCUAUCUCACCAUGGCUCGAUACGGUCUUCGACCAUACUCUCAAUGGGCAGCUAGAGGAUAUACAUUUCACUAGUGGUGCUGAUUUUCAGCGGAAUCCUGAUGUGGAAAACUGUGUGUUAUGUACUAGGCCGGUGGGAGAUCCUACGUUUCAACACUAUCUCAAGUGUAAGUAUGCUCAUGAGGAAGCUGAGAGGAUGGCUGAGUGGGGAGCGAAAUGGAGCCCAAGUCCAGGUUGGCGGGUGUGA